GGCAGACACCCAGGAGGCGGAGCAGCCGGCCCCAGCGCCCGUGGGCACCCUGGGCGCCAGCGCGGGGGCCUCCGGCCGGCUCCCGCGGCCGCGGCAGGUGCAGCCGUCGCACCCGCGGCCUCCUGCUCCUGCCGCUCGAGGCCGCACCGUGCCUCGCGGCGUGGAGGCGCUGGACCUGCCGGAGUGGAACGGAGCCUCAGGACGGUCCUGCGGGCCUCGCCGCAGAAAUACAAUGGCUCAUCUUGAUUCUGAGGCGAAAGAAGAGUGUCUGAGGAAAGACCUGAAGUUUUACUUCAUGAACCCUUGUGAAAAAUACCGAGGCAGACACCAGAUUCCAUGGAAACUAGGUUUGCAGAUUUUGAAAAUUGUUAUGGUCACGACACAGCUUGUUUGUUUUGGAUUAAAUAACCAGCUGGUGGUUGCUUUUAAAGAAGAAAACACUCUUGCUUUUAAGCAUGUGUUUUUGAAAGGAUAUCCUGGCAUAGAUGAAGAUGAUUACAGUUGCAGUGUAUACACUGAAAAGGAUACCUAUGAGAGCAUCUUUUUUGCAAUCAAUCAGUAUGAGCAUCUAAUGGACAUAACCCUGGGGAUUCUUGGUUAUGGAGAAAAUGAAGACAAUAGAAUUGGCUUAAAAGUCUGUAAGCAGUAUUACAAGAAAGAGACUGUCUUUCCUUCUGAGACACUGAAUACUGACAGCACCAUUGAAAUAGAUUGUGUUCACUUAGACCUCCAGGUCCUCACCAAGAGCCCUCAGGACUGGAAGAACACAUCAUUCUUCAGACUGGAAUUUUAUCGGCUUAUACAAGUCAAAAUCUCCUUUCACCUCAAAAGCAUUGAUCUACGGAAGAUUCAUUCCGGAGAGUUACCAGGCUGUUACGUCUUCCAGAACACGAUUACCUUUGACAAUAAAGCUCACAGUGGCAAAAUCAAAAUCUAUUUUGACAGUGAUGCUAACAUUGAAGAAUGUAAGAACUUGAACAUAUCUGGAUUUAUUCAGAAAAAUACUCAGUAUGUUCUGGUGUUUGACUCAUUUGUCAUUGUGAUUUGCUUGGCAUCUCUUAUUCUAUGCACAAGAUCCAUUGUUCUAGCUCUCAGGUUACGAAAGAGAUUCCUGAAUUUCUUCCUGGAGAAGUACAAGCGGCAGGUGUGUAACUCUGACCAGUGGAAGUUCAUCAAUGGAUGGUAUGUCCUGGUGAUUAUCAGCGACCUCAUGACAAUAAUUGGAUCCAUAUUAAAGAUGGAAAUUAAAGCAAAGAACCUCAUGGAUUACGAUCUGUGCAGCAUUUUGCUUGGAACGUCUACUCUUUUUGUCUGGGUUGGAGUCAUCAGAUACCUGGGUUACUUCCAAGCAUAUAACGUGCUCAUUUUAACGAUGCAAGCUUCACUGCCAAAAGUUCUCCGCUUCUGCGCCUGCGCUGGUAUGAUCUAUCUGGGCUACACGUUCUGUGGCUGGAUUGUCUUAGGACCAUAUCAUGACAAGUUUGAAGAUCUGAACAUUGUUGCCGAAUGUCUCUUUUCUCUGAUCAAUGGUGAUGACAUGUUUGCGACUUUUGCUCAAAUCCAGCAGAAGAGCAUCUUGAUGUGGCUGUUCAGUCGCCUGUAUUUAUAUUCCUUCAUCACUCUUUUUAUAUAUAUGAUUCUUAGCCUUUUCAUUGCACUUAUUACAGAUUCUUACGACACCAUUAAAAAAUACCAACAGAGUGGAUUUCCUGAAACAGAUCUUCAGGAAUUCCUGAAUUCGGUGGAGUGUAGCCUUGAAAAUGUUGACUGCUCAGCCCUAGUGAAAGAGAAAGGAAUCAUGCUUGGGAAUGCUCACUACAUUCUUUGUAUCAGCAACAUUACUGAGAUGGCCAAUGACAGAGAAAUGGUUAAAUUCUACACUUCUAAGGAACGGUCUUGGUCUGUUAUAUAA